ACGCUAGCUGCUUUGGGUGGGUGGGUUAUGCGUCGUGGGUUUAUGCGUGCGGGUGGGUUGUGUUGGUUGUGUGUGAGGUGCCUAUGGGAGUUGGGAUUGGAGCUAGGUAGAUAAGGAGUGUAUUGUAGGCGCUGUUUGUGUCCAUCGACGUCGCGCUACUACGGAGACGGUAGGUUUUGCUUUACGGUGAUGGAUUUAAAAUAAUGGGAGUUGAGAUAGGUGUAUUUCUUUGUUUUCUCCAUUCUUAUUUUGUCUAUUCUUUAUUUUUGUUUUUAAUUUUUUGGUGCUCGUGUUUUUAUGCUCUUAUACGUAUCCAGUCCAAUUAUAGUCAAACUCCGGAGUUUCUAUUCUGUUUCUCUGUCUUUCCUGCCGUGGGGAUUGAGACUCACUUCUAUCAUAUACAAGCAAAGCGCCUCCAAACGCCAAACGCCAAGUCAAAUCAGUCCCAACAAGCACCUCACCCACUCACCUCGACCACAAAGACAAAACAAACCUCACCAACCCCUCUCUCGCGCCGCACCCGCCGCCAGCGCCCUCGGCAGCAACCUCCCCAACACUUCCGAAAAGCUAGGCGGAAACCCGCCCAACGCAGCAUACGCCUCGAUCUUGACCAGCCAGCCCACGCAGCGGGUCCAAUCCAACUCCAAAGGAAGCACCUCUCCCCGUUGUCCCCGUCGAGCAUCAGGCAGCACACUCAGCAGCUCGAACCGCUUCACCCUCACCCCAAGCCAGAGCGUACUAAGCCAGCCCCCUCCCCUUACACGGUACGCGUACGCGCACGCGUGCCCCUGCCCGUCGCCAUCGGCAAGCGGCGUCAAGUACCGGCCCCGGUCCCACAGCGCGCGGAGGCUGUGCUCCAGCGCCGUGAGCGAGCGGCAGAUGGCGCACCAGUCGGCGCUGCGGGCGGCUGUGGCGGCGGUGGUGGUGGGGGUGGUAGAGGUGGUGUUAUUGUUAUUGUGGUGGUGGUUGCGCUGCCGCUGCCACGCGUAUAUGACAGGCAUCACGGCGCGCAGCGCGUGCGCGAUCUCUGCUAGUGCGCGGGGGCUGAUGCUGCGGGCGGGGUUGGGUGGGACUAGGGGGAGGGGGAGAGCGUCGAGUGCUGUUAGGAGGGUGGGGGUGGGUAGUGUGGGAUGGUGGUGUUGUUGUUGUUGCUGCUGCUGCUGCUGUGGUGAUGGUGGUGGUGGUGUAUGCACCUUAACUUUUGCGCCAGCUCCCAUGCCUACGCCUGCGCUCAUGCUCCCCAGCGCGCUUGGCGCUGACCCCGGACCGGCCGGGGAGGAGGAGCGCUGGGGGCAAGAGAGGCUGGUGCGUGGCUCUGGCUCUGGCGCUGGCUCUGCCUUUUUCGGUGGAGGAGGAGGAGUAACCGGAUGCAUAGCCAGACCAUUCGGGUGGUCAGCAGUAAACGGACCUUUUUUCUUAUUUGCGGGCUCUGCCACCAUCUCUAACAGUACCGGUGCUGGUGUCUGGGGACGCGAGACGUGCUCUCCUGAACCAAAACAGAGACGGCGCAUCAAGCGGGCGUUCCGGAAAGCCGCGAAGCCAGCCAU